AAAAUGUCUUCUCGCCUGGUGGUCUUUCUGUGCCUUUUGGCUCUACUCCAGGAAUUCGAACAUGUGCGGUGUGUUGCACAUCACCCAGAGAGAAAGGUUGCUGGCCAUCAAGCAGACAAACUCAUACCACAGGAGUCCCGCGUGCAAGCCAGUGAUAAACGAUUCACGGCUCCCACAUGGCUCCCUAAAGUGCUCAAAGUCGUAAAGGCUGGCACAGACGUGUUUUCUCACACAACGAAUUUCGUGGCUCUGGCGAGCGCCGUGAUACACGCGAUGAAAGGAUGCUGCCUAUCACACAAGGAUGCCUGCCAGGCGAACGAAGAGAUCCAAACACUCAAAGCAGAUAUUGUCAAGAAAACUGCAACAAUAGACGACCGACAGCUGGAAGUUAAGAACAAACAAGAUCGACUCGCUGGCGGUAUAGCUGAGUUUGAGAACAUCGUCAGUGAGAUAUACCGUAUAAACGGCGCCCAGGAGCGUUUCCUAUCCACCUUAGCACCGAAACUUAACGCAUCCCUGCAGCAAAGCAGAUCAAAAGUUGAAAUGUUUAUGAAGCAAAAGGAAGGACAGCAAGAGUUCGUCUCGUAUAUCGAAGUAGAAGAGAUGUAUAACAGUGGCAUUAAAGACGCCAUGGAGAUAGGUGGCCCUUUGCUUGGCUUAUUAAUGCCUAUUGGAGAGAAAGUAUUCUCGUGGACUGCAGCAAAGAUCCAGGCUUCAGAAGCGAAUAGGGCGGCGGCCUUUUCACUCAAGUUAGGUAUUCAAGAGCCACCAAAAACCCCGAAAUAUAAAAACGUCCGACUCAGAAGGACCGCAGCAAUCGCCCGUAACCGCAAGAACGAGUUCCAACUGCACCCUAAUCGCGUAAAGACCAAGAGCAGGUUCAACAAUGUUAUCAGAAAAGGAAACAAGAUCGCAAAGGGCGUGAUCACGGCCUUUUCUUAUUUUUCAGCAGCAAUCAACCUGUGGACUGUGAUUGAUAAUGCAAAAGAAUGCUCCGAAAAUGCCGAGUCAGCUCUCAAGGCGCGUGACCAAAUGCGAGCUUCGAUGACUGAAUAUGAAAACAUCUUGAAAGGUGUUGAAGAAGCUAACGACAUCGUCGAGGAGGCGUAUAAAGAUUUCCAUAAUGUAAUCACGGAUGAUGGCUUUAUGGCGGAGAUCACGACGAUAAAACAAAUGGUGGACGACAUCGCGCCUGCUGGAGACGACUCGAUGGCUUUAGUCUCCCUCGAUAUCCAAUACUUUAUGGAUAACAUCAAAGGAGCAUCGCUCAAUGAGGUCUUCCCAGUGUUGAACCGGCUGCUUCAUGGCUUAAGCCAAGUUCCAUUCAGUAUCAGCUGUCUCACAAGCCAAUCAGAGAUGAUUCCCUAUGUAAUCAAUGGAUGUAAAACGGGCGCCAACACAUUUUCGACACUGUAUAAAGAGGCCCAAGGGAUAGCAGAUGCUAAUGGCAAUGACGCUUGUGAACCAAAGAUCGGCUCUAAGUACAUCCCAGAAGAUCUCCUUCGUAAUAAUCUAAAAGAUAUCGCGCAAAAGAUGGGUUUCCAGCAGAACUGUCUCCUAAACAACGAGGACAAGAAAUCGCUGGCAUGCAUGUACAGUGCAGAUGGGUAUUCUGCCACAGUCAUCGCCGACAAAAUGGGAAUCGACAAGGAGACCGCUGAUGCACUUAUCACCUUGUGCCCGAAAACAACUGAGCUCAGUAAACACGACCAGACCAUUGUGUGCAACUUGCGGAAAUUAAACCAAUCAGACGAAGAAAUUGCAAGCAUCAUGGAAUAUGACGUAACACUCGUCGCAAAAACGCAGUGUUAGUCUAGCGAAAGAGCACUUCAAAUCAACCAAGUUACCGAACCUCAGACACAAUCGCCGCAUUCGAUGAAAAAAAAAAGAAUUUUGACUAAAGUUAGACCCCGAUAACGCGAACCUCUGGCCAUUUGUCCAUCGGUGUAACGUAAUUUCACCCCCAAUAAGUUGAACUCUUGAUAACCCCAACUUCCAAUAAACUCGUUUUAUAAUUGCAUAAACCUUCGGUUUUUACUUAACUUAUCAAUAAAUAAAUGUCUAUUAAAGUUGCACGAUCUUGUUGUGUCAUCCUCGGGGACAAAGGGCGGCGCGGAGACCGGAAGCGGGAGUACGCGCGAAGACGAAAGAAAGAGAGUAAAAGGACGUCUUUUCCUCCUCAUUCUUUCUCGUGCGUCCCCGAUCUCCGCAGCGUCCUGCGUCCCCGAGGGUGUUGUUGUGUUUGUAGAUGUAACAAUAAAUUCGUGUUCAUGCCAAAAAAUCAGCAUAACAAAAAUGUUUCCUUCUUAUAAUUCAUCAAUUAUUCUCGAAUUUUGCUUUCGUGGUUCCAGUUAUCGGGAUCUAACUGUUGAUUCUGAGAAAUUCAUGAAAAAGUAGAAUAUGAUCAAUUGUAAUGAAGGUGGUAAUAAUGGCAACGUAUGUUAUUACAAAUAAACAAAGCAAUAAAGGUGGAAACAAUGUUA